CUGCGGUGUUUCUCUGAGGACCAUUCUCGAGGACACUUGUCUGUCGCUUGCACCCUACGGCGUCCGCUCAGUAGAAACCCUUCUUCUGCCAGUGACUCUGGAACGCACGGAAACCAUGACUUCGUCAACCAUCGCCUUGUUCGGGCUCCUGGUGGCUCUGUCGGCCAUCAUUGCGUGCAGCGAAGGGCAGAUACCCGUGUUUGGUGGCUGGCAGAAGCGUAAUGUCGGCGAUGACGCGAUCUACGAGGAGUUGGCACAUUUUGCUGUCUCCAAGCAAGUUCGAAACCGGCAGUUUUACGACACCGUGCUCGAGCUUGUCGACGUCGAGACCCAGGUAGUAGCUGGUACGAACUACCGAAUCAAGUUCAAGAUAACUGAAUCGACCUGCAGAGUUACGGAGGCUUACAGCAAGACGGCAUGUGUACCCAAGUCCCGAGAGACUGUCAAGGACGUCUGCACUGCGCAGAUCAUUGUUCCUUUGAACAACGAGCGCUCACUGACCUCGUUUACCUGCGAAGGCUCUACUGCUACCGCAUAGUAACUGAUACACGUUGCCAAUUCUGCUUAUAUUGCGAGUAUACUCACUUAUAUGGAAGUCGGUGUUCAAGCUUGCCGCUGGUCAUCGAAAUAAAUGUUUUAGAAGGUGUU